AGAGUUCGUAGAUCAUUUUUUUGUUUUCGUUUCUUUUGUUGGAUUUCUGGUCUUCGUGUUCGAACCGGUGAGGACAUAUAUGAUCGUGUAGAUUUCGAUCGAAAGAUGCCAAAGAGUUUCCAUUUUUUCACGUUAGAAGAAAAAAAAUUAGGAAAAGCGGGUUUUACAUUUGUGCGAGCGCCUAAAUCUCGCCGGAAAUCGGUUCCGGAAGAAUUUCCCCGCCGAAGAAAUCGGGUUUUGGAUUCAUUUUUGUUUUGUUUUUUUCCAUCGAGGUCGAAACGGUUACCGAAUUCUCGCCGGGAGCAAGGCACCCUGUUCUUCCUUUCCGUUUCCCGAUCGGAAUUUUUGCGAUAUCAUCAUUAGGGCCACUAUUAUCCCUAAACCCUAACCCUAACCCUAGAGCUCUACGCUCCCGUGCGGCUGCCGCCGAUAACAGCAAACCUCCGUCGCCGGCGGGGCAUCCAAGCGGGGAGGCCGUUCGCCUUAUUAAAUUGCUCCCCUGCUUCCGGAAUUAAUGCCCUAAACUGCCGUCUCUUUUGGUAGCGUUGGGGAGCAGAGCCACAGAGAGAGAGAGAGAGAGAGAGAGAGAGAAUAAAAAGUUAACACAGUAUUAUAUUAAAUGCCUCUCUCAUUUGACUUUAUUUUCGUGGCAGUGCCCCUCCGCUCCCCUCUCUGCCUUCGAUGAUAUAUAUCUUCUUAUUAAAUUAAUCCCAGCCUCUUCUCACCACCUCCUCACAACUUCUCUCUUCUCUAGUCCACCCCGUAAAACCCUACCCACAAAAAAAAAAUUUAGAAAGACAACGGCCUUUUUAUGCCUUCAGCUUUAAGAGAUCCUAGAUCUCGAUUUCUGGGAUUCUCUCUUUUAAUACUGGUCGUAUGAGGGCUAUUUGGGCAUAUAAUAUGAUAUAAGUAUGUGCGAGUACUUUUAUUUAUUGUUUGAUUGGAAUUCUUUUAGCUGAUAGCUUCUUCUUCUUCUUCUUCUUCUGAUGCUGCUGCUUCGAUCGUCUUCCGAUGGAGGCAAAUGGGUUUUUUUUUGGCUUUGGAGAGAUGGAGAGGUUGAGGGGGAAGCAUGAUUGUGUUUCAAGUUGCCUGAGUAGGACAUUAUAAACAGUGGCCAUGCUUUGAGCAGAGUAACAAAAAAUGAAACUAGAGAACAAGGCUGUAUGGGAAGGAGAAGAUGAUCGUAUGUCAUCUAUACAGAAAAAAGGCUGUGAAUACAUAGAUCCAUCAAAGCAAAGUUAUAUUGGCAUUAAAGAGUCCUUUAAUGGAAAGAAGAGCGAUGAUAGAUGUAUGGAAGCUCCAUGUACCAUUCCUGCUGAUGAAAUUAAGUUGGGUGAAAAUGAGACCGAGUUUUGCACUGACAAAACUGUUACUGAAAUUCAACCACCAGAGAUGAUAGAUUGUUAUAAAGAUGGUGCCUGUCACAAUAUAAAGGACAUAUGUGUUGAUGAAGGGGUAUGUUCCCUUGAGAAGAUUUUGGUAGAAAAUGAUGAGUCAAGCCAGAGGUUUCCUUCUAGUUUUAAUUAUACCAUGGAAAGUGGUAAUGUUGUUCUGAGCAAAGAAAUGACAGAUGGUAAUACAACCACUGUGCAUGAUUCUAAGUCUACGUCAUGUGAGCAUCUUAUUUCUGUUGAAAAGAAUGCAUUGGAAGAACAUUUUUCUGGGAGUUUAUCCAAAGUUGGUGCCAAGUUUGAUACAACUAAUCCAUUCGUAAGUGAUAUAUCUGAUGAGAAUAUCAGUUUAAACCAAUUCUUCCCUCUGUUUGAGUUUGAAACAGACUCUCAGAAAGUGGAGCCAACCAAUUUCGACUGCAGCAAUGAUCAUAAACAUUAUUCUCAGAGUUUUUCUAAAGUUGGAAACAAGUUUCAUGCAACUAAUCCGUUCCUGAGUGAUAUAUCUGAUGAGAAGAUCAGUUUUAAACAAUUCCUCUCUCUGCAAGAGGUUGAAACCGAUUCCCUGCGAGUGGAGCCUACCAAUAUCGACUGCAGCAAAAAACAAUUGGCUGAUCAUCAAAAAUUUAAUCAGGGUACAUUGGAAGUGGAGUACUCUACAACAUCAGUUGUGCCAUCUGAUGCAAGACAAUCCACCCAAAGCAAUGGCUCCAAGGAAAAUGCUUCUAUUUGUUUAUCACAGGGCACAUUGGAAGAUGGGUGCUUGACAGCCACAUCUUCUUCAUCUGAUGUUGGAGAGUCUGAGCAGAGCGACGGGAUCAAGGAAAGUCCUGCUAAGUGCUCAUCAAAGGAUACAUUGGAAGAGGGGUGCUUAGUAGGCACAUCUGCUUCAUAUGACGUCUGUGAGUCUGUGGAAAGUAGUGGGAUCAAGGAAAAACCUGCUAAGAGUUUAUCACAGGGUCCGUUAAAAGAUGUUUGCUCUCAAGAUAUGGCCAUGCCAUCUGAUGCCAAAGAGUCCAACCAAAGCAGCGGGACCAUGGGAAACCCUGCUAAUGCUGAGCUGGAAAGUGGAGUCUCUGGAUUAGCAUCAGUAGGUGGCCAGGAGGGCAAAGAGAAAAUAGAUAGGCAACAAGAUGGACAGGCUAAAAAUGAUCCAGUAACCGAAGAGGCAGUUUCUGAUAAUGCUACAACUUCAGCUCGAAGUUCAUUUGUUCAUAAUCAUCAUCUAGAUGCAGACUUCUCUGAACCUGUUUACAUGUCAGGCCCAAUUUCUUCCUCGGGGCAUAUACCAUAUUCUGGUAGCAUUUCUCUUCGGUCUGAUAGUAGCACAACCAGCACUCGUUCCUUUGCAUUUCCGGUACUACAGUCAGAGUGGAACAGCAGCCCAGUCAAAAUGGCAAAAGCAGAUCGCAGGCAUUUAAGGAAGCAUCGGGGUUGGAGGGUGGGACUUCUUUGCUGUAAAUUCUAGAUUUACAGCAUUCCCUUAUUCCAUUAUACAUCAUCUUGAUUUUGUAUCAUGAUGUUUAAUUCCUUGAAGUUCUUUUUCUCCUUUUCCUGUUUAUAUCCUGCUUAAUUUAUUCUACAGCAGGCUCAGCGGGUUGUGGCAUGGGAUAAUGGUUUGUAUCAUGUAAUCAGAGCUGUGGGUAGUAUGUUGUUUUUAACUAUAAGAUCUAUGAGUAGUUCUGCAUGUACAUCUCUUCAUUAAAAAAAAAAGGUCUGUGGUUUGAUAGAA